AGCCUUCUAACUCUGUACAGUACAUUUGCCCUCGUGUGUUGUCGACGCGGCGUUGACGUAAUCAUCAAUCGACUGUCGAGUGCGUAUCUUCCGGCUGUAUAAGCUCAUAGACGCCAGAACACGGUGACGCGAGAAUUACCUCAGGAAAUUAGCUUGUGAGUGUCAAGAUGGUCUGAUGGACCGGUGCUUCUUCCUGACUUUUCUCAUCUGCUCCGCGUCGUGGAUCUUUUUCUGGGAAGUGAACUGGAAGAAAGGCAAAGAAGGCCAAAUUGAGGAAUGGCUACAAGGACAUCGUCUCUCUCAUUACAGGCAUUUGUUUGAAGAUGUACAGACGUUGGAGGAGCUGAGUUUGAAUGUACUGAGUCGCCUAGAAGAGGUGGUGAAGGAACCGCAUAGCUGGAGGGAGAUUGCCGAGGCUCAUAUCCGGCUUCUCCGAGACUUUGCCUUCCAGGAGUGGCUCUGUUCCCAGAACCUGGAACACUUUUACCAUACGCUGAAGACUUUGGGUUACAUGAAUCUGGAUGAUCUGUCACAGUUCGACAGCCAGCUGCAUCUCACCUUAGCCGCUUGGGGAUACUACUACGAAGAUUACAUCAAGCUGUCUACUGGCAUCAAGAUCCUCCAGACCUCCAGAAGGAGUCGUGACCAGGAUUACGAGAUCCAGCUUGUGCAUAGUCUUGCUGAGAGGCGUCUGAAUGAGAAGUGGUCUAUCGCGGGAGCGCUCCUAUUUGGCUGUACUGUGGCGCUGUGCUUCUUGAUAAGGGACCUCAUGUUUUAUGUGAUCGGUGGAAUUACUGUUUCCAUCAUUGCAUUUGUCUUCACCAUCAAGUUCCUGUGUGAGCUUGCAGCCAGAGUCGUUAGCUUCCUGCAAAACGAGGACCCGGGUCGACGCGGAGACCGCAGCAUCUAUGACUAUGUGCGGGGCAACUACCUGGAUCCACGCUCCUGCAAGGUGUCCUGGGAUUGGAAGGAGCCACAAGAAGUGGGGCAGACGAUGAGCUUCAGAGUCCAAGUAAAGAGCAAACUGUACUACAAGAACGGCCAGCCUUUCCCGGCCCAUCGGCCAGUGGGGUUGAGGGUUAACAUCACGCACAUUGAACUGGCUCUGGACAUACCUAUUACACAGGAGGUCUUACAAGAAGCAGAUUCCAACGUGGUAAAAGUAGCUUUCACUGUGCGCAAGGCCGGCCGCUAUGAGGUGGCUGUCAAACUUGGUGGCCUCAAUGUUGCCUACAGCCCGUACUAUAAAAUCUUCCAGCCAGGCACGGUUGUCCCAUCUAAGACCAAGAUAGCCUACCAUUUCUCUACGCUGGUGCUAACACAUAGCCAGCAGCACACUCUGCAAAUUGAGCCCAGGGAUGAAUAUGGAAACCCUACAAGUAACUCUAUAUCGUUGACAGAUGAGGCCAACUACAGCGUCCAUUUGCAGUCUCUGGGCACAGUGGAUGAUGACAGUAUGGAGGGCCAUUAUAGUAAGACGGUGACCCUAAACAAGCAGCAAUGUCAGGUUCUGAUGAAACUGACCUUGUGGAAGACUGGCUGUUUCAGAGCCCGCAUCUCCUACCAGGAUCAGCCACUCAGCAAUGGAGAGUUUGACAUUAUUGUUCUCAACGAGAAUGAGAAGGCCUACGUGGAGAAGAAUGUGUCCACGCCAGGCAUCAGCAUCUAUUUCGAGGCAUACCUCUACAGCAGCGGCAACUAUAGCAGCUGCUUGUCACAACCACCAGCCUCCUCUCUGCUGGCUCCCCAUAGGAGGCCGUCCAUGGCAGACGAGGAGGACGAGCAUGACUCUCCUGUGGAGGGGCAAUCUGAAAAGGUCAAGAAACCAAAAAAGGUCUAUUGUUACAUAUCACCAAAGCAAUUAUCUGUGAAGGAGUUCUACCUGAAAAUUAUUCCGUGGCGCCUUUUCACCUUUCGAGUAUGUCCUGGAACAAAGUUUAGCUAUCAUGGUCCAGACCCUCUUCACAAGUACCUGACCCUAAUGGUGGAUGAUGGGAUCCAGCCCCCAGUGGAGCUUGUCUGCAAAGACAGAAACAUCAUGGCCGCCACCUUCAUACGCUUUCUACACAAAAACAUAGGCGGCUCUGAGACGUUCCAGGACAAGGUAAACUUCUUUCAACGUGAGCUCAGGCACAUCCACUCCAAGAGACCUCGCACCAAGACCUGCCUAAAAAUCACCCGACACUCAAUUCUUGAUUCAUCCCUCAAGGCAACACGGAACUUCUCUGUGUCAGAUUGGAGUAAGAACUUUGAGGUGGUCUUUCAGGAUGAGGAAGCUCUUGACUGGGGAGGUCCUCGCAGAGAAUGGUUUGAGCUGAUAUGCAAGACACUCUUUGACACCUGCAGCCACUUAUUCACUCGCUUCAGCGACAACAACCAGGGCCUGGUGCACCCAAAUGCUGAGCGACCGCAACACCUGCGAUUGAAGGUGUACGAGUUUGCGGGGCGCGUUGUGGGGAAGUGCCUCUACGAGUCUGCGUUGGGCGGGGCCUACAAGCAGCUAGUCCGAGCUCGUUUCACACGCUCUUUCUUGGCCCAAAUCAUUGGCUUAAGGAUGAAUUACAAGUACUUUGAGACGGAUGACCAGGAGUUUUACAAGACCAAAGUGUGCUUCAUCCUGAACAAUGAUGUGAGCGAAAUGGACCUUGUGUUUGCUGAGGAGAAGUACAGCAAGUCAGGACAGCUGGAAAAGGUGGUGGAGUUGAUCUCAGGGGGAGCCCACAUUGCUGUUACCAAUGAAAACAAAAUGCAUUACCUCAACCUGCUGGCCCAGUACAGGCUGGCCAGUCAGGUGAGAGAUGAGGUGGAACACUUCCUGAAAGGUUUGAACGAACUGGUUCCAGAAAAUCUUCUAGCCAUAUUUGAUGAAAACGAGUUGGAGCUGCUGAUGUGUGGCACAGGCGAUAUAAAUGUCCAGGACUUCAGGACCCAUGCUGUGAUAGUCGGAGGAUCGUGGCAUUUUAGAGAGAAGGUGAUGAAGUGGUUUUGGGCGGUGGUGUCCAGCUUCACCCAAGAGGAGUUGGCUCGCCUCCUGCAGUUUACCACCGGCUCUUCCCAGCUGCCUCCUGGAGGAUUUAACACCCUUUGCCCCUCUUUUCAGAUAAUUGCAGCCCCCACACACAGCACCUUACCCACUGCACAUACCUGUUUCAACCAGUUGUGCCUCCCCACGUACGACUCCUAUGAAGAGCUGCACAAGAUGCUGAAAUUGGCCAUCAGCGAGGGAAGCGAAGGCUUCGGCAUGCUCUGACGGCUGCUGCCGUACACCACCAUUAGGAGAAGCCAGCCACACUCAAACCAGUGACCUUCCUCAAUGCUUCUAACAACCCUGGUGGCGUAUCUCCCACACUCCUGCUAAACUCUUGUUAGGAUGCAAAGGUGUCACAUGAGCCCCGGAUGACUGCGCUGGAGUCACACAAACUCAUGUAUGUAUAUAAGGCCUGCCCUUUUAAAAAAGAAAGAACCCACAAACUGCAGAAAAAGGUGCGAUUUGGUUCUCUUUUGUUUUUGCUGCAACAUUAGCUGACUUUUAUACUUUUUUUUUAUAUAUACUUUUUACCGCAGUAAGUGGACGUUUAUGAUGAUAAAGCAAGGGCCUUCAGUAUUCUUGUACAAACUGAGGAACAUUCAAGUGCAGCGGCAGCUUCAUGUGCUGCUGCUGCAUCUCCUGCACUUUGGCCUUAAACCAUCAGGGACUGUUGGUGUUUGUAAAUAUACUUUUUAUUACUUGUACAUACUAACGUACACCAAGGAGCAUUAGUGCAAAAAUGCAAAAUAUAUUACGAGAAUGAAGUGAGGUUUUUCCUCCCGUAACAUUCUGAUUAUACUCUCGUGAUCCAUCCAUUUUCUUCCGCUUGUCCCUUACGGGUUCGCGGGGGUGCUGGAGCCUAUCUCAGUUGCAUUCGGGUGGUAGGUGGGGUACACCCUGGACAAGUCGCCACCUCAUGUGAUAUUUGAAGAAAAAAAUAUUAUGAUUCAGAUAAGAAUAAAGUCUAAUGUCUUGAGAAUAAUAUCCAAAUAUUGACAGAUUAAAGUAAGAAUUUUUACCCGAGGUCGAUGUCUAUCGAGUACUAUAAUAAACCUGAAAUCAGUAAUGUGUUAAUUUGACAAAAAAAUGUAAUGAAAAUAAUAUUCAAAUGUCAAAAUAUUGCAAAAAUGAAGCGUUUAAAAAAUUUUUUCCGAAAACAGCAGCUUUUUUAAAUUUUAAAUAUCUGAAAAAUAGAGCAGAUAUAUAAUAUAGUAAUGAUAUUGAAAUAGAAAAUAUAAUAAAAUAGUCAAAUUAAAUUUUAGUUAGUUGUACUUAAAGUUGUUAGAAGCAAAUUUAAUAGUUUAUUAUGCUCAACAUUAUUCUUGGAAUAUUUAGAGGGGAAAAAGCAUUCAACAAUAAUGUUAACUAUUACAACAAGUCAAACUUAUGACAAAAAGAGAAAAAAAACACCUAAAAUGUUGUCUUAAAAUUGCUUUUUUUAUCUCCCUCAUAUACUGUAAUACAGCAUUUAAUUCUCUCAAAGGCCUACUGAAAUGAAAUUGUUUUAUUUAAACUGGGAUAGCAGAUCCAUUCUAUGUGUCAUACUUGAUCAUUUCGCGAUAUUGCCAUAUUUUUGCUGAAAGGAUUUAGUAGAGAACAUCGACAAUAAAGUUGCAACUUUUGGUCGCUGAUAAAAAAAGCCUUGCCUGUACCGGAAGUAGCGUGACGUCAACAGUUGAAAGGCUCCUCACAUUUCCCCAUUGUUUUCAAUGCAGCUAGAGCGAUUCGGACCGAGAAAGCGACGAUUACCCCAUUCAUUUGAGCGAGGGUGAAAGAUUCGUGGAUGAGGAACGUUAGAGUGAAGGACUAGAAUGCAGUGCAAGACAUAUCUUUUUUCGGUCUGACCGUAACUUAGGUACAAGCUGGCUCAUUGGAUUCCACACUCUCUCCUUUUUCUAUUGUGGAUCACGGAUUUGUAUUUUAAACCACCUCGGAUACUAUAUCCUCUUGAAAAUGAGAGUCGAAAACGCGAAAUGGACAUUCACAGUGACUUUUAUCUCCACGACAAUACAUCGGCGAAACACUUUAGCUACGGAGCUAACGUGAUAGCAUCAUGCUUAACUGCAUAUAGAAACAAAAUAAAUAAACCCCUGACUGAAAGGAUAGAUAGAAAAUCAACAAUACUAUUAAACGAUGGACCUGUAACUACACGUUUAAUGCUUUCAAGGCUGGCGAAGGUUAACAAUGCUGUUGCUAACGACGCCAUUGAAGCUAACUUAGCAACCGGACCUCACAGAGCUAUGCUAAAAACAUUAGCUAUCCACCUACGCCAGCCAGCCCUCAUCUGCUCAUCAACACCCUUGCUCACCUGCGUUCCAGCGAUCGACGGUGCGACGAAGGACUUCACCCGAUCACAGAUGCGUUCGGCGGCCCGGAGACGGAGGAAGUUAAGGUGAGUUCGGCGGCUAGCGCGUCUGCUAUCCACCUCUCAGUCCUCCUGUUUGUGUUGCUGUAGUCCGCCGCUAAUACACCGAUCCCACCUACAACUUUCUUCUUUGCAGUCUUUAUUGUUCAUUAAACAAAUUGCAAAAGAUUCACCAACACAGAUGUCCAGAAUACUGUGGAAUUUUGAGAUGAAAACAGAGUUUUUUGUAUAGGAUUCAAUGUGUCCGCAUACUUCCCGUUUCAACGAUUGACAUUACGCGCAUACGUCAUCAUACAUUUCAACCGGAAGUUUAGCGGGAAAUUUAAAAUUGCACUUUAUAAGUUAACCCGGCCGUAUUGGCAUGUGUUGCAAUGUUAAGAUUUCAUCAUUGAUAUAUAAACUAUCAGACUGCGUGGUCGGUAGUAGUGGGUUUCAGUAGGCCUUUAAAACCUAAUUAUACUUAAUAAAUAAUUUUGAUUGGUCACUCCAGUUACACUUUAGGAUCCGUUUUUUGUAACAUUACGUCUUAUUUGUAAAAGUUAUUUUUUGCCCUAGCAUAUAUAUAUAUAUAUAUAUAUAUAUAGAUAUAUAUAUA